CUUGCAUGUAGUUCAGUAUCUUGAUAUAUAUUUAUUAUUAAAGUCUGAAAGAGCCAUAUGGCUAUUUUUAAGUAACUUAGAUAAAAAGUUCUGCUAAUUAUAUUUUGUCCAAAACAUGGCAACAAUGACCAGCUUAUUCUCAUUUACAAGUCCUGCUGUGAAAAGACUUCUGGGAUGGAAGCAAGGUGAUGAAGAAGAAAAAUGGGCAGAGAAAGCUGUUGAUGCUCUUGUGAAAAAAUUGAAGAAAAAGAAAGGGUCCUUGGAAGAAUUAGAACGAGCUUUAAGCUGCCCUGGUCAGGACAGCAACUGUGUUACUAUACCUCGAUCACUGGAUGGCAGAUUACAGGUUUCUCAUCGCAAAGGUUUGCCCCAUGUGAUUUAUUGCAGAGUUUGGAGAUGGCCCGAUUUACAAAGUCACCAUGAAUUGAAACCACUCGAAUGUUGCUCAUUUCCAUUUGAUUCAAAACAAAAAGAAGUUUGCAUAAAUCCUUACCAUUACAAGAGAGUUGAAAGCCCAGUUCUUCCUCCGGUUCUAGUUCCCCGACACAGCGAAUUCCUGGCAUCUCACAGCAUGCUCCACCGAAACCGUGAUGUCCGCGAUGCUCACAGCCACAUGCCACCUAACGCCAUCUACAAUGCCGAGUCUGGUGGAAUGUUUAACACAGCUGGUCGUCCACCCCCACUCUCUCACUUUCCUGGGUCGGUGUCCCCUCAAAAUCAAUUUGGUGGUCCUGUAUCUCCAGAUUCGUACAACUCGAAUUCUCCGUUUCCUCCUCCCAUGUCUCCCGAUGGUUCUACGACAGGCCCCGGUAGUCCAUACAGUUUGCCCGCUGAAACUCCACCGCCCGCUUACGAUGGAGAGAGGCCAGAUAACAUGGAAACAAAUGUACCGUCUCACACACCCUCUCAUAUUUCUAAUCAUCAUCGACACAAGAUUGAAGAUGUGCAGCCAGUGUCGUAUACUGAGCCGAAGGAGUGGUGCAAUAUUGUCUAUUAUGAACUGAACAAUCGAGUAGGAGAAGCGUACUCGGCAAGGUCUACGCAGAUCAUUGUAGACGGCUUUACCGACCCAUCAGCAAAGUGCAACAGGUUCUGCCUUGGACAACUGUCCAACGUAAAUCGAAAUUCGACCAUAGAGAAUACACGACGUCACAUCGGAAAAGGAGUUCAUCUCUACUACGUUGGUGGAGAGGUUUAUGCGGAAUGCCUUUCUGAUUCCGCUAUAUUCGUACAAUCUCGCAACUGUAACUAUCAUCACGGCUUUCACCCGACCACAGUUUGCAAAAUCCCUUCAACAUGUUCGUUGAAAAUCUUCAACAAUCAAGAGUUUGCGGCUUUGCUCUCGCAAUCAGUUAAUCACGGUUAUGAAGCGGUGUUCGAAUUGACGAAGAUGUGCACGAUAAGAAUGAGCUUUGUCAAGGGUUGGGGUGCUGAAUACCACAGACAGGAUGUGACAUCAACUCCGUGCUGGAUCGAGAUUCAUCUCAACGGCCCUCUUCAGUGGUUGGACAAAGUCUUACAGCAAAUGGGGUCGCCGACCAACGCAAUUUCUUCUGUGUCAUGAGGAUAGUUUUUAAUCUACGAACUUCGUAUAGGAAAAAAAAUUACGAUCAUGAACGUUUGCCAAAAAAAUUGACGAUGGAAUUGUAUAUUGCAUUGCUAUUGCGAAAUACUAUUCAUGCUCUUGCGCAGCCAAGCCGCAGCACGACGACAGUUGUAGGGGUUUUGAAUUCGUAGACCACACCCAUACUCAUAAAUUAAAUGUAAAAUAAUAUUAGAAAGUCAAUUGACACAACAUAGGCUUUGUUUCGUGGCCUUGAAGUAAAGUGUUAUUUCUGAAAUACUUUUAAUAGCUCUUCUUUCACGAUUUUCGGCGCGGUUAUUGCACACAGUCGCCCUUCAAUGAGUUCGAUUUUUCCAGCAUAUUCGGAGUAUUUCAUUUACCUUGUGUGGCGGAAGAAAAACUUGACUUUUUGUAUCCAGUUUUUAUAUUUACCGUCAUUUUUUUAUCAUUUCACUCCUAAAAGUAAUACUGAACAAUUUCACUUGUUUUUUUUCGCAUACCAGUUUUAAACUUGUUGCGUUCUUCCAGAUGCUUACCAGUACUCUCGAAAGACGAUCAGAGCGGAGCUUUAAAUUAUUUACCCGAACUGAUCCUAAAGUUUCCCACGCGCCAGCUUUUACAAACUUUGAGCUAUUAUAGCUUCCAUGUUUUUAAAAAAUCCAGAGUAUAGUAACUAAUAAUAACGCUUGCGACGCAAAAUGCAUACCAUUUUGAACCGUUUACUUUUUGUGCCUUACUCUUUAGUUCUGGUUUUUAUAUUCACAUUGCAGUUUUCAAGAUGGAAAGUUAUCGAAGAUCGAUGUUUCCUUUAUAUCAUUACAAGAUAAAUUUCAAAUGAUUCAUGCAAACGCAAUGAUAGUAAUUAAUUAUGAAACCAUUUUAGCCGACUUCGCCUUUUUAUGCUUUUUGUGAUUGUGUGUAUCUCAAGACCUGAUUUUGUUCGCUGCCAAUAUUUUUUCAGUAUUAAAAACCUAUUUCAAAUUGGA